AUGGAUUUACAUGUAUUCCCCAUCCCAAUCCCCCUUCCCACCUCCCUCUCUACCCGAUCCCUCUGGGUCUUCCCAGUGCACCAGGCCCGAGCACUUGUCUCAUGCAUCCAACCUGGGCUGGUGAUCUGUUUCACCCUUGAUAUUAUACUUGUUUCAAUGCUAUUCUCUCAGAACAUCCCACCCUUGCCUUCUCCCACAGAGUCCAAAAGUCUGUUCUCAAAAGGUUUUUGUGUUCCUGUCAUUAUAGGUAGGGAAAGGUGGUCAUCACUGUCCCAGUUUCUAUCUAAUGAAGCUAAAGUCUAG